AUGGCUGGUUUCGUAUCUUUCGGAUCAAUACCUGUGAUAGGGAUGCUAACACUAGCUGGGUUCCGUAAUAACCCCACAUUGGGUACUGCGGUAUGGCAGUUCAUCAACCAAAGUCAUAAUGCCUUAUUCAACUAUGCUAACCGUAAUGCUAGUGCAGAGGUCAGCUGUAAAGACCCUAACGUAAUGAAGGAGGCCCAGCGACGGUUCAUAAUGGGGUACAUUGGCGCUGUAUCGACUAGUAUGGGUCUUGGCUUACUCCUCAAUAAGUGCCUUGGCCGUAUGUUGACACCAAAUGCCGGAGCCUUCUUUAGAACUCUAAUACCUUUCCCUGCAGUCAUGGGUGGUAACAUUGCUUCUGUGCUCCUCAUGAGGUGGCAUGAGCUGUCCACUGGUAUAGCCGUGCGGAGGGCUAUCGAUACAUCUGAGGAUAGCAUCCAAUCUAAAGAGGCUGCUAGAAGGGCUGUUAAGGAUACUAUCAUCACAAGGAUUGUAUUACCAAUACCAGUACUACUUCUACCACCCCUUCUACAUCGUGGUGUCUGGACUCGUUUCGUACCAACAGCAGCUUUGCCUGGGACCAAAGCUAAUAUCAUAGGGAUGUCUAUCCUCUCCAUACUAUGCUUCGCCUUCGCCUUACCAGCAGCAGUAGCCUUGUUCCCCCAAGAAGGCGCAAUGAGGGUUGAUGAGCUAGAGGAUGAGGUGGUGGCCCAAAAGGAGGCCCUCUCUCGGUGGGGUCCUGCAGGAAUAACUCCAUCAUCUACUGUGGUCUACAAUAAAGGCAUCUGA